AUGUCACCAAAGAUAGCAACAGAGCAUUUCCUCUCCUACACGGAAGGUACUCCUGGCGGAUUGUACUGCAUAGCGCAGGGAGGUUAUCCCAUUCCCACGUUCAACUUGCAGGUCGGAAGCAGGAUCAUCUGGGACGCGAAGACCGCCGUCAGGGUCACCAGGCUGGGAAAUGUUACCGGCAUGAAAGUGUUGUACCACACGACAUUUUAUUGGGUGGCCAACUUUGUAGCCACGCCUCAGAACGACGGCGAAGUGGUCAGAUGUUCGGUGAGCAUCAGUGGCAAGCACGUCAGUCAAAUCGAACGGAACAUAAGCGUGCUCUACGCACCUCUGAUAAGAUGCGACGAUUACGAGCCAACGGCCUACCUGAACGACAAAAAUGUUUUCAUCACGUGCCACAUCAAAUCCAAACCAGCCCUCAACGAACUCUACUGGGUAGUCGACGACCUAGGGACCAAGGUGCAUGAGACCAAACCCCACGAUGUCUUCUGGGUGCUUAUUGAGGUUCGUUGA